AUGUCGACGCCCUCGUCUUCUCUCACCACUGAUGAGAGCCCCGCAUCCUUCAUCCUCCCUGAUCUCGUCUCACACUGUCCUUUCCCCCUCCGAUACCAUCCCAAGGGAGAUGAAGUGGCCAAGCAAACCGUCCAUUGGUUGGACAGCAACUGUCCCGACUUGACUGCGAAGGAACGAAAGGCGAUGUAUGGACUCCAAGCAGGCGAGCUCACAGGGUAUUGCUACCCCUACACCACCCCCGAGCGACUACGCGUCGUCGCCGACUUUUUGAACUAUCUCUUCCAUCUUGAUAACAUUAGCGAUGGCAUGAUGACACGCGAGACGGCCGUGUUGGCCGACGUUGUCAUGAACGCUCUUUGGUUCCCGGAAGACUACAGACCAACCAAGGGCCAGGCUGCGGAAGAGCUCAACCCUGGAAAGCUUGCCAGAGAUUUUUGGUCACGGUGUAUUCCAGAUUGCGGACCUGGAACGCAAGCUCGUUUCAAGGAGACUUUUGGGUCUUUCUUUGAAGCUGUCAAUAUUCAAGCACGCGCUCGUGAUGAGGGUGUUAUCCCCGAUCUAGAGUCCUAUAUCGAUGUCAGGCGGGAUACUUCAGGUUGUAAGCCUUGUUGGGUGCUCAUUGAGUAUGCGCUGGGCAUCGACCUCCCUGACUUUGUGGUUGAGCAUCCUGUUAUCGCCGCGUUGAACCAAGGCACCAAUGAUCUCGUAACUUGGUCGAACGAUAUCUUCUCCUACAACGUUGAACAAUCUAAAGGCGACACUCACAACAUGAUCAUAAUUCUGAUGGAACACCAUGGCCAUACCCUCCAGAGCGCCGUCGACUACGUCGGAUCCCUCUGUCAACAGACCAUCAACACCUUUUGCGAGAACAAACAACAGCUCCCAUCAUGGGGACCUGAAAUCGACGACAUGGUCGCAAAAUACGUUCAGGGUCUAGAGGAUUGGAUUGUUGGGUCACUUCACUGGAGUUUCCAGACGCGUCGAUAUUUUGGAGAUGAAGGCCAAGAAAUCAAGCAGCACCGUUUGGUUAAACUGUUGACUGUUGCCCCUCCACCGCCGCCACCACCUCCGACACCGCCCCCGCAAUCCUCCGACGCGGACACCAAGAAGCAAAAGGUCAAGGCACAGGACGGGAAGGGUCCCGUUUCGGAUGAAGAGGUUUGGGCGCUUGUUAGGGCCGAGCAGUCCAAAGGAUCUAUCCUCGAGUCACUAUUCGGAUUCCUAACGACAUCUCUGUCACGCAUCUUCUUUGGCUAUUUCUUUGCCUAUUCGCAUUAA